UCUCCAAUCCUAACCGAACACGUCUCUAACUUACCCCUUUCUCUUCCCCGUCAUAAACUCAUAAUGCUGCCUCAUAAGUUGAAGUAUAACAGAUCCUCCCAAACCAACAUUAUAAAUGUAGACGAGUAAUCCAGACACACAAAAUCUAACCCCUUCUAUCUCUCUCGGUUAUGGGUUCUUUAACUACCAACAUGGGAGAAGAAAGCCAACCAUCUCUAACCUCCAAGAUCUCAACGGUGGUGCCAGCCACGCCACGUGGCAACGAGCGCGGCACGUACAACCUUGGCUACAUGGACCUCCUCAUGAAGCUUCACUACGUAAGAACCGUUCAUUUCUUUAGCCCUCAAGCAGCACAAGGGCUCUCAAUCUUUGACUUGAAGAAACCUAUGUUUCCCCUGUUGGAUCCGUAUUCACACAUCUCGGGCCGGAUCCGGAGGUCCGAAUCGUCCGGGCGACCGUUCAUCAAGUGCAACGAUGCUGGUGUCCGCAUAGUUGAGUCUCAUUGUGAUAAGACACUUGAGGAAUGGUUCAACCAAAAAGGGUACUCCAUUCAUGAACUUGUCCAUGAUCACGUGCUUGGUCCUCACCUUGCUUUCUCACCCUUGCUCUUCCUCAAGUUCACUUGGUUCAAAUGUGGAGGGCUGUGUGUGGGACUAAGUUGGUCUCAUGUCCUUGGAGACGCUUUCUCGGCUUUCAAUUUCAUCACCAAGUGGAGUCACGCGCUCGCCGGUCACGUGCCACCAAAAUCCCUUCACGUAAACCCUAAUAAUGAAGAGUUACAAUCUCUUCCUAUUAAUUCCAUUCAAGAUUCACAGAUUCCCAUCGUGAAAAGGGCCACAAUUCUUGACGAAGAACACUGGAUCGCCGCAACUGACACCAAAAUCGUUACUCACACUUUCUAUGUCAGUUACAACCAACUUCAAGAUUCAGUCACAAGUAGCCAAGAAUCUAACAACACCUGUUGUUUCGAAAUCGUUUCGGCAUUAUUAUGGAAGUGUUUGGCUCAGAUCAGGAGCUAUUCAGAGCCAAAAGAUGUUGUAAUUUGCGAAUAUCAUAGGGAAAACUACGAGUUCCCUACAAAUAUUGGCUUGGAAUUUAGUACAGUUGAAGCUAGUAGCAAAGUUUCUGUUUCGGAAUCUGAUGUUUUGGAAUUGGCAAGGCUCAUGGGCAGUGAGAAAAAGAAGGUUGAGAAGCAUGUUAUAGUGUAUGGAACGAGGUUGACUUUUGUGAACUUGGAAGAAGAAGGUAACGUUAUUUAUGGGGUGAAGCUUAAUGGAGAGAAACCAAUGGUUGCCAAUUGUGCCCUUCAUGGGGUGGGUGAUGAAGGGGUAGUUUUGGUACUUCCAGCACCUCAGGAUAAGGAAGAUGGUGGCAAAAUUGGAAGGUUGGUCACAGUUUCUCUGCCAGAAAAAGAAGUUGAACAACUUAAAGAUAAAUUGGGAAGUGAAUGGGGUAUAGCAUCACAUCCUUGAUGAGAUCGAUCCACAAUCAAAUAUGUCUUUUGUUAUACAUUGCCGGGUUCGUUAUUUUAAUUUUUCUUAUAUGUUUUUUUGAAUUAAUGUAUUUUGGUGUAAUUUAUUUA